GAGCGCCGGGGCGGGGGAGUGGGUGCGCUCCACACCCCCGGCCGGGGAGGGAGCGAUGGUUGACGUCAGCCAGAGGCAAAGGGUGGGACGGGGCCAGCUGCACGUUAUCCCGUGCGCGGGCGGCUCCCGUUGCCGCAGCGAGGAGCUGGGGCUCCAGGCUGCUUCGCUUCCUUUCCCGCUGCCUCUGCGAAGAAGGAGCCCGGGCUUCGCUGGUUUGCAGGCGGCCGCUCGCGGUUUGUUGAGCGCGUGACAGGGAAGCCCCGAGGCCGGGGGGAGAAAACUCCCAGCCGGCAGCGAGGCCUGCGUGCUGCUGAAGCAGACCAGCCAAUGGGUACCUGCUGUAUGUAAUGGCACAGGCUCAGCAGCCUUAAAAUAGACCACCGUGUGAGUAAGGAACUUCAGACUCCCUCCUGAUAUUUUGAAGUAUAGAAGGAAGAAAUGAAUCAUGCAAAUGAUGGUGCAAUGUCCAGAGCCAUAUUUGACUGGGACUAUGUUCUGUGGGAAGUUCGUUUGACAUUACUAGCUGCUGGUUUUUUCAUCUACCUGGGAGUAUUUCUUCUAGCUCAUUGGCUGUCCUCAUGGAUCAGUGCCACUUACUGUGUUUUGUCAGCAAAGGAAAAGGUCUUCUGGAAUAUGACUAUCACACGUGGCGUGUUUGGAGUUCAGAGUUGCAUAGCUGGGUUGUGGGCCAUGCUUGUAGAUCCAGUUUUUCAAGCUGACAAAGUGUAUUCACAGCAAAAGUGGAGUUGGUUUAAUUGCUUAAUAGCCUCUGGCUUCUUUUUGCUUGAAAAUGUAGGUGUUCAUCUGUCUAAUAUUGUUUUCAAGACAUUUGAUGGGUUCUUGGUAGUUCAUCACUUAUUUGCCCUUGGUGGCUUUCUUGGGCUGAUAACAAACAUAAAAUCUGGACACUAUCUACCCCUGAUUGGACUGCUACUUGAGAUGAGUACUCCUUCAACCUGCUUCUCCUGGGUACUUUUAAAGAUUGGCUGGUCUAAUACCCUUUUUUGGAAGGCAAACCAGUGGGUAAUGAUCCACCUUUUUCACUGUCGCAUGAUCCUUACUUAUCACAUGUGGUGGGUGUGCAUUUCCAAUUGGAAUGAUGUGGUGGAAAAUAUGGGACUUCCAUAUUUUACUGUCUUUUUCAUGGGAUUAUGUGCACUUACAAUAGUACUUAACCCAUACUGGACAUACAAAAAGACUCAGCAGCUCCUCAGUCCAGUUGACUGGAACUUUUCAAAGACAGCAGUGAAAAAUGGAUCUUUUGGAAAAUUAAACGGUGAAACAGGUGAAAAGAAGAGGCUAUAGUGCUGCAACAGAUAUUAUGGUAACAGUAAAAUAUGGCCAGAAGAACAUGGGGCAGGUUUACUGCUGAGUGCAUGAAAAUAGAAUUACUUACAAGACGUUUAUAAACAUAUUGAUCAGUUGGUAGAUUACGGACAUCAAUCUAUACUCAUUUAUCAAAAGUGUUUAAAAUUGUUGCUUCCUAGAUAGAUAUAUAAUAUAAAUAAUGCAGUCAAAAUCUUUAACUCAGUCAGGAUUUAUGCCGGCAUUUUUCUCAUGUUGUAUAGUGCUCUGUCAUUUAGCAGUGAAAAGUAAGCUUCCAUUGUUCAUUUUAGAAUCUACAAGUGCUUUACAAAUAGCUAAUUAAGCCUCACAGCCCCUCUUGAGGGACAUUAGCAUUAAUAACAUUGAAUAUGCGUGGGAGAUAUUGAUAGUAACUUGUCCAAAGUUAAAUUGCUAGUCAGUGACAAAAGUAGGACUAGAAUGCAGAACACCUGGCUCCCAGACCCAAUGCUACAAUGAAUUCUCCAUCACUUGAAGUCUUUAAAUCAAAACUAGAUAUCUUUCUGAAAGAUAUGAGAGAAUGCUGUAGGUCAAACAGAAGAUGUGGGCUUGGUGUAGAGCCAAAAUCACUGGGUGAGGUUCGAUGGCCUGUGUUAUGCAGGAGGUCAGUCUAGAUGAUCAUAUUGGUUCCCCAGGCCUUAAAAAUCUAUGAAAAUGCAAAGUACCACAAGAGUCCAUAAUGAGCUGGCUGUUAGCCCAAUUUCUAGUGUACGAGGGUCCAUUGCACAAAAUCAUCCCAGCUGUCGGCACUGAUUGACAACCUGGUUGGUUGGCCAGCUGACUAGAGGGAAAUUGAGCUGUCUUUUCACUCAUGCAGAUAUUUCCUCCAAAUCAAGGAUGUGAUUGUUGCCUGUUCUGGAACCUCUUCUAUGACCACACAGAGAGCUUUAAUCUUCAGGGACACUCCUCUGUAUGAUAACACUCUUACAACAUAUUUUUGAAAUCUUCUUUGGUUUUUUAUUUAGGAUCUUUAUUUUCUUUACAAUAAAAUGGCUCAUUGAGGAUGAUAAUACUUUGCUAGCAUCUAUCUAGCACAACCCUAAAUCUUUCCCUGACAUAAAGAAAAUAUUGUUGGUUUAAGGGUAACUAGUCUUGGACAACUGGUUAAAGUAAUCGUACCCAGUUACAGGCUUGAUUGGACCAGAACUGGUUGAGGUUGUAGACAAGUGACUCAUAGACUCUUCUGUGCAGGAGUAGCACCUAAUGGCAUGAGUGAUGCAUUAGUUUUAACGUAUAAAACUGGCAAAAACAAAAAUGUGCGUGGGGCAUAUCCCACAAUCUGACAAGAACUCUGCUUAAUUGUAAAUUUAUUUCCCAAAGUAACUAGCUUCUAUGAGACACGUGGGAGUAGUUUAGGUCAAGGCUCAUUUUCCUAACAGUUUUGUAUGUGGAUGUGUGGGUAACGUACACUGUUUUCCUAAUUAUAAGGGGAAAGCAUAAAUUAGCACAUUGUAUGUAGUGUAAACGAAGCAUUUCACUGACACAUACCAGGUGGAAUGGGGAAAUACUGAAUGCUCAGAAUGCUGUUGGGCCCAAGCAGAAAUGUAUUAGGGAAACAUCAAAGAUCUGUUCCUGAGAUAUAGACCCUUUCACCUCUAGAUCAUUGGUUCAAAUCCAGUCCCAGUUGAUGGCAAUAGAGUGAUUAUCUGAAGGCUGUCUAAUGAACUAUGUGAAAUAUAUUUUGUGGUCUCAGUCCAGUUCCCAGUGGACAAUACUCCAAACCCCCACCUUUUUGGCAGUCUCAUGAGAAAGGCCAUGAAAAUCAGUUACCCUGUUAUCCAUAGGUGUGGCCCCUCCAGAUCAGAGUAAAGUCUUAUUGUUUGGGCAGCGUGGCACACAUUGAUCCUGUCCUACAGAUAAAGAACCGACUGCCCUAGGGAAUCCAAUCAAGCACGUUUCAGGAGCAGAAAAGUCACACACAAAAUGCUUGAGAAAAGAGUUGAGGAUGAAUCAAUUCCUCAUAAACAGAAAUGAAAAUCUGGGACCCAAAUGUGUAGAGAGGCCAUACCUCACUUCCAGAGGUUCCAGUGUUGGGUGCUCAGCAAGUCUGGUCACUUGGGAGUAAGAUGCUACCUGGAGAAGGCAUGGAGAUGAGAAAACAAAGAGGUUGGGAAUUUCUUGAAACCAGGAGACUGGAGAAUUUGUAGAGGCCAAAGAACAGGAGAGAAGUAGCCUCAGAAGUGAGUGAAACAGGAGAUUGGGAUAUACUUGUAAUUUUUGUAGUAGUUUGCAUGGCCUUGGUUUUAGCACUUGGAGGGGCUGGGAUUAGCCAGAGUGCUGGAGAUUCAAAAGGAUAUUGGAAGUGUGUUUCCAGUGGGAUUAGGCAGCUGAACAGGUAUCUCGAAGGAACUGUGUAAUGUGUGUGGGGUUUUUUUUGUUUUUUGUUUUUGUUUUUUUAAACAAUUGGGGAAAUAAUAGGUUUUGUAAAACUGAGUUUAUAAAACCUGUUAUGAACGGAAUAGCUUUAAUACACUGAUAUAUACACAAUUUUAAUUAACAGCAUUUCUUUUUUAGGAAAAAGUCAAAGGAAAUUUUAACAUAAUCCUGGAGCCGGUGUAAAAUGCUCAGGACAGGAACCUUGUAAUAUUUUAUACUUCUUAAAGCAUCCUGCACUUCAGUGGUAUCUUAUGAAUAAUUUUGUUAACCUACUGGUGCUUGCUAGCGCAAAAGAGCCAGAGAGUGAAAUUAUGUAUCUAAACUGAAUUUUUAUUUGGGUGGAGGAAGUGUUCUUUGGUUUUGUGAAAAAUGUAGCUAGGGCAUUAUUUUUAUUAAUCUGACUUUCACCUUGAUAGUGUACCUUGAGCACCGAGAUAACUUGGGUGUAAUAUACUUUAUUUUGCUUUAUUUCAAGAGGGGCAAUGGAGAAGGAGGGAGGCUCAGAACUUGUUAAAGGAAAGGAUAAAGGAAGUUCUUCUGGUCUGAAUCCCUCUAAAAUUAUAAUCUCAACAAGUAACCUUAAGUGUACAAAAUUACUUAUCUGUACUAGCUAUGCUGCCACUUGUAGGCAGUUUGGUCAGGUUUAUUGCUGUUAUGCAGAUACAUAUAGAAAUCUCUCUUUCUUCUGGACCUAGACCAGUAGCAUCUAUUUUCUUUGUUUCUUUAGUUCUGAAGAAUGAGAUAUUAAUCAUGCCUAAAUACUGCUAAGACUUUAUUGCUGUAGGCCCAGACUAAUUGAAGUUCAUUUGUAGGUUUUGCUAAUGUAAAACUUAGUGUACUCCUUUAGGAGAACCUCAUCACUCUCCUGUAUGGAAAAGCUCCCAUGGACUUCAGCAAGAGUUGGAUUAAGCCCUUGGUAUGUUGCUGCCAUCACUUGCAAAAUUUUUGGAUAGCCCUGAAUGCUGGCCGGUUAAUGUAUACCGUUCCCCAGUUCAGUGCUCCAGACUAUCUUUGCCUUUGUCAUGAACAGGAUUAAUCAUUUUAGUGCUUCUUAGAGAAACAAGGUGUUUGAGGUAAUACCUUUUAUUGGACCAACAUCAGAUAUUACCUCAACCACCUUGUGUCUCUAAUAUCCUGGGGCUAACACCGCUACAACAGUAGUACUUUUUGUCAGCCUUCUUGCCAAUACUCCAUAUCUUUUCAAACAGAUCCAAAACACUCCAGCCACGUAUCUUGUUCUGAUUUCCACUCUCCUGGGCUGUGUACUUUGCAUUGACUUGGUGUCGUGUUUUCUUUUCAUUUGUUAAAUCAAUGUUUGUUUUUAACUACAAACCUACCAUGAUCACACAUGAAGCACAUAGACAUCCUUGCCGUGUAGAUUCCAGCCCAAACUCUCAAGCCCUCCUCUAGAUUGCCAGCUGUAUCCAAGUCCUCAAUUACUGUACAAGAAGAAAAAUUUGCAGGAUUUAUAUACCUUGCCCUCUCUUUCUAUAACACUCUACUCUUGCCCUCAUGAGGGAGACUCCCACUUGACAUGGAUUUAGAAGACUGUUUAAACUGUCUUUUAAAAUACUGAAUGUAGUUGGGUUCAUUGUACAAUAUAACUUUUUUUUUUUUAGAUGGCACUCGAUCUUUGGCUUCUUUGCAUCAUUAAAAGUAUUUUGUGUAAUAAUUAUAAUUUGCGUGACUCUUCCAUUCACUGUUUUACUGAUGAAAUGUCUGCUUUUUGAUUAUUCAACUUCGUCCACUGGUAACCUGCAGUGAUUAAAUAAGCUUUGCAAUGUAUAUACUAAAUGUAUCAUUUUGUGUAUUUAUAAUGUUUUGUUACAUUUGAUAAGGAUAACAUCCUGUUCAGCAAUUGUGAAUAACUAAAGGAUAAAGGUCUUCAUAUUAACAAUGUUUAUAAAGAAACAGGUGAAAACUGCCCAUUUAAUGAUUACAGAUCAUUAAUAUCAAUGCAGGGUCAGAAUGUUUUUCUUUUAUAAAGGGGACUAAAAAUGAAGCACUUUGACGUUA